GUGACAUGGAUCCACAGGUUCAGUAUAAACUGACCAUGGAUGCAGAGAUAACAAUCAGUACUGUCCCAGUGUUUCUUUUGUCCGGACUUUCCUGGCACUGAGGGAUGAUGAGAGUGAAAGGAAGAGAAUAAAGAGGAACUGUGAGGACGCUCAGAAUUCAUUUAAAAAAAAACAAAAAAACAACAACAACCAACAAACAAAAAACAGGACUCGCUGUGAUGAUGGAGAAAGCUGCACUGCUGCUGUUUUGUUGCCUGUUCAUGAGUUUAUCAGGCUCCCCGCUCUACCCAUCCAUUAGGUUUGGCCGGAGGGACACGUCCAUCCUGAUGACAUCUUCUAUAAAGAACCCAGGAGAGCGGCUGCAGGACGACACAUGUCCUCAAAGGGGGCGAGCAGAGCUGCGCCUUGGACGUCACGCUGACGCCAUCUUCACAAACAGUUACAGGAAAGUCCUGGGCCAAAUCUCUGCCAGGAAGUUCCUCCAGACUAUCAUGGGCAAGCGGCUCGGAGAUGAAAACCAGAGCUACAUGAACCGUCGGUCAGAUAUCUAUGAAGGGACCUAUAAAGAAGAUCUGACGUCCAUCCAGAGCGACCAGAGAUACAGAGGGGUACACAAGGGUGUCAUGAGGCCGGGUUUACUGAGUUGAGAAGGACGGACCGAAGGGUGCCAGGUCUCCAUGAAAUUUGUUCCACCGCCAUCCAUUGCCACUCGCUUUCUUUUACUUUUCUCCAACCUGUCUUUUUAAAUGCAAGUUAUAGUAUUGUCCUUUAUUCUCAUUAAAAGUUGGAAAGA